AUGAAGUCCCGUCCCAUGGGGUUGUGGGGCUCCCUCGUGGGCUAUAGGGGUCCCCAUCCCCGCGCUGAGCCCCGUGCCUCCCCCAGCAGCCCCUACCGGGCCGGGGCCCGCGUCCAGCCCGUCGACGGCGGGCAGAGCGAGGAGGUCUACGAGCCGGCCACAGGUCGAGUGAUAAGCAAGCUUCUCUGCUCUGGGGAGAAGGAGGUCGAUCUGGCUGUGCAGAGCGCAAAGGCUGCCUUUAAAGUAUGGAGUCAGAUGUCAGGCAUGGAGCGGAGCAGGGUGCUGCUGGAGGCUGCCAGAAUUAUUCAGGAGCAGAGGGAAGAAAUUGCCACCUUGGAAACCAUCAACAAUGGGAAAUCCAUCUUUGAAGCCAGAGUGGACAUUGACGUAUCUUGGCAGUGCUUGGAGUAUUAUGCAGGACUGGCAGGAUCUCUAGCUGGUGAACACAUCCAACUUUCUGGGGGAUCCUUUGGAUACACAAGGAGAGAGCCACUUGGCGUGUGUGUUGGGAUUGGAGCCUGGAAUUACCCUUUCCAGAUUGCCUGUUGGAAAUCUGCCCCAGCCUUGGCGUGUGGUAAUGCUAUGGUCUUCAAGCCCUCUCCCUUUACCCCCAUUUCGGUGGUGAGGUUGGCAGAGAUCUUCACAGAGGCUGGUGUGCCCAAAGGGCUCUUCAACGUGGUGCAGGGCGGAGUGGCCACUGGCCAGUUCCUCUGUCAACAUCCAGAUGUGGCCAAAAUCUCUUUCACUGGUAGUGUGCCAACUGGCACCAAGAUCAUGGAGAUGGCAGCUAAAGGGAUCAAACCAGUCACCCUGGAACUAGGAGGCAAAUCGCCCCUCAUCAUCUUUUCGGAUAGCGUCCUGGAGAACGCGGUGAACGGAGCCCUCAUGGCCAACUUCCUCACGCAGGGCGAGGUAUGCUGUAACGGCACGCGGGUGUUCGUGCAGAGGGAAAUACUGGAUGCCUUCACAGAGGAGGUGGUGAAACGCACCCAGAAAAUCAAAGUUGGAGACCCACUCCUGGAGGAUACACGGAUGGGAGCCCUCAUCAACCGGCCGCACCUGGACCGCGUCCAGGGCUUUAUCAAGCAGGCAAAGGAGCAGGGGGCAAAGGUGCUGUGUGGUGGGGACCUGUAUGUACCGGAUGACCCAAAGCUGAAGAACGGCUACUACAUGCAACCCUGUGUGUUAGGGAACUGCACAGAUGACAUGACAUGUGUGAAGGAAGAGAUCUUUGGUCCUGUCAUGUCAAUCCUGCCAUUUGACACGGAGGAGGAGGUUGUGGAGAGAGCCAACAACACCAAAUUUGGCCUGGCAGGUGGUGUCUUCACCAGGGAUAUCCAGAAAGCUCACAGGGUAGUGGCUGCUCUCAAGGCUGGAAUGUGCUUCAUUAACAACUACAACAUCAGCCCUGUGGAACUGCCUUUCGGAGGAUACAAGUCAUCAGGAUUUGGCAGAGAGAAUGGGCGGGCAGCCAUCGAGUAUUACUCGCAGCUGAAGACUGUCUGUGUGGAGAUGGGUGAUGUGGAAUCUGUAUUUUAGUGGCUCUGGGGCCUCUCGAGGGAGCAUCAGUCGGUUCUUGCCUGUCAACUAGAGAUGCAGAUCAUUUACACAGCAAUAAAGCAGCGCUCUAAAAUUGUAAGUGCCUCGGGGUGGGGGGCAGAGUUGGAGCCGCAUUUUGCCACUCUGAUCUUGCAAGGAGGAAUGUAUACAUGGGGCUCAGUCUGUGGGAACCUCAAACUAGGAGGCAGCAGUGUGUCUUUCAUCAGUAGCAUGUGCUGCUAAUAAAGCAUUCUGACAGGCUUUUCAAGGGCAGAGACCUAGCCCAGGCUGCUCCCUGUGCUGUGUGCUGUCAACCCCAUUGUCCUCCACCCUCAGUCAACUUUGGUUUUGGCAUCUUAACAGGUAUCACCCUACUCAAUGCACAUGUAAGCUCUUGGACACAUUGACAUCCCAUAGCUAUAGGCCCUGUCUCUUCCCUGAUGAGAUAAAAGCCUUAAGGGUGGGACUGUUUUGUUUUAUCCCCUUAGCCCACUUAUGAGCCAAACUUCUGUGUGUUUUUUUUUUUUUUUCUCUACCUGUGUCUCACCUCCAAGGUGAGGCAGGAUAUAGGGGGGAUGGUCAGCUGAUGCUUUUUGGGACAGCCGUGGCCACGCAGACUGGCUCCACACACAUACUAAGGACAGAGUACAGCAGGAGUGGUAGCAGGCUCUAACAUAGGUGAUAGAUCACUGCCUGUCUUCAGAGACAGCUAUUUGACUCCCUUUCUAAAGGCUUAUUGUUCUUUAUAAUCAUGAUUAAGCAACUUUAUACAUUUGUCUACAUCUUUUUUUAGCAAUCAAAUAAAUAUUAAUUCUGCUUGAAACAUC